AUGGAAAUUAAUCGAUAAGACAUAUAUGUACCUUUAAUCAUGAAUGUUAAAAACGAAUGUGUCCAAAUUGUUAAUAUGCUCAUUAAUAAAUUGUUCCUGAAGGUAAAAUUAUUCAAAUUACAAAAUUUUUUAUUGAAGUGAUGGAUUCUGCUAAAUUAUAAUUAUGAUUCUAAGAUUGAAGAUAAUAUUGAUAUAUAAAUGAAAAAGAACUUGAAAACAAUUUUGGAUUACUAUUAGAAUUUGUCACAGAAAGCACAAGAAAAUUUUACUUAUAUAUUCGGGGAAAUCAGAUAAAGAGAGUUCUUUUGGUUAAAUUUUUAAUAUUGA